AUGUUGUGAGCAACGGAAAAGGAAAGGUUGUAGUGUUGUAAUGUAACAGAAAAAGAAACAUUACGCGCGUAAAAGCCGCGAAGGAUUGGGAAAUCCGUCCGAGAACACCCCCGAAGCUGUCAGCACUUUGGAUUCGAAGGAGAAAGGGAGAAAGAGAAAGAAGAGAAAACAAAAAAACUUAGAGAAGAGGGAGAGAGAGAGAGAGAGAGAAAGAGAAGAAAAUAAUAAUAAGAAAAGGGAAGAAAAGCUAAGAAACUUUGAGCGAGGAUUGAUUAGAAAAGGAUCAUGGAGAUUGUCAUCUUCCAAUGAUCCCUUCAACCCCACAAUUUUUCUUGUUUGGAUUUGCUGUCACAGCUUGAUUCUCAAUUGCUGCCAUUCCAUACAUCUCUUUGUUUUCUCUUUCUCUCUCUCUCUCUUUCUCUCUGAUUAUCUCUAUCUCUUCUUCUCUCUCCUCUUUUUCUCUCUUCCAUCUGCAUUGUCCCUUUCCACUGCAGAAGGAGGCUCGUAGGAGGAAAGCCAGAACAUUUUGGAUUUUUAAGAGGAUUUUUUUUUCUGGGUCGGGACUUGAAUUGGGUUUAUGGGUUUUGACAAGGAAAGAGUGCAGUUUGGGUGACACACGAGGUGCUGCUGCCAUGGCUGGAAACAGAAAUCCAGAAAUCGGGGCUUCUCCUAGCAAUGUGGGUCAGCAACAAAGGAGGGUCUAUCAAGUUUGGAGGGGAGGCAACAAGUUUUUCUGUGGUGGGAGGGUGAUAUUUGGUCCAGAUGUAGCUUCCCUGUUUCUUACAACAUUCCUAAUUGCUGCACCUGCAAUUGCAUUUUGUGUAAAAUUAUAUCUUCUAAUCAAGAAGAAUGAUGACCUUUCUCAUGAAUUUUGGUUUCCUGUAGUGGUUGUGGGUGGAGUUCUCACUGUUUUGGAUUUAAUUUUCCUCCUCAUGACUUCUGGGAGAGAUCCUGGAAUUGUUCCUAGAAAUUCAAGACCUCCUGAAUUUGAUGAUACAUUUGAUAUACCUACCCCUUCCAUGGAAUGGAUUAAUGGCACAACCCCUCAUCUGAAACUACCUCGAACUAAAGAUGUUAUUGUUAAUGGACACAUAGUGAAAGUAAAGUUCUGUGAUACGUGCUUGCUUUAUCGCCCUCCUCGUACUUCUCAUUGUUCUAUAUGCAACAAUUGUGUCGAGAGAUUUGAUCAUCACUGUCCCUGGGUUGGUCAGUGCAUUGGAACGACAACUUAUGAGAACUUCCGAUAUCAGUAUGACAAAAAGGGCAACCCAUUCAAUAGGGGAUCAUGCAGAAAUAUAAAUGAAACACUUUGUUCGAGGAUUCCUGGUUCGAGGAAUAACUUCCGAGCAUUUGUUGUGGAGGAUGAACACAUGAUGGUGGGAUCGGUGACUCCAAACAUUGCACAUGGAAUCUUGACCCCAAAGGAGAAAAUUGACCUUGAAAUGGGAUCUAUGCGUGCAGAAGAUGGUCGUUUACCUAUUCCUGAACUUCUGCGAAAUUUUGAUUUUGAUAAUUUUGAUGAUGACAUGAAGUUUGCAGAUGAGGGGCAGCCGUCUUUCGAUCCGUUCUACAGCAUUGAGGAUGAUGCAAAAGGCUCCACACGAACAUCCAAUGCAACGGUUUUGAAUUUCCAAAGCAUAAGUGAAGAUGAAAUGGAAGAGUAUGUGCAAAGCUCCCAUGCUGGAGGAAGAACCAGAGACUCUGCUCAAAGACACAUUACUUCUGAUGGAACUAAUAGCUGGAAUCAAUCACAUUAACCCACAAUGCCAGCUUUUAGUUUUUAUGCAUAGAGGUUGUCUUCUCACUCUUCAUCCUUGUUUUUUCCGGAAAAUUUUGGGAUGCUCCUGGAUGAGAUGUUCCUUAAGCUUCAUCAUUUUCAAAAGUGUAUAUUCUGACAUGAGAUAAAGUAAGGUGGUUGGUUCUAAAACCAUACUUAAAUUCAGUUAAAGUGCAUUUCUUAUGAAGUAAUUGCUAUGGAGUUGUUGUUCCAGUUUAACCAAUGAUUUGAAGUUUGAGUCCUGAGCAUGAUACUGUGCUGAAUUAUGCUGUCUGUAAUGUUCUCAUCUGAUUCAAACAGGACUGUCUCCAAUGAAGGAUACUGUGGUUUUGUACAAAAAGAGAAAGUGAUUUUAGUUUCACUAUUAAGACAUUUCCUUCCUUGACUGGCCUUUGUUUCAGGUUUGGUGCUGGUGAAGUAAAACACUGAGGAUAGUUUGGUUCCUUCCAUCCACACUUGCAGCAAUUUGUGGUUUUGUAAGAAUUUUCAAUGUGCUGACUCAUGCAAGUUCAUUGAUGCUAUUCAUGCUGGAAAUGGGGAGAUUGAGCUUGCACUUUUCUCUCUCAUUUUAGCAUAAAAGUGUGGCAAGUGUUUGUUUUAAGCUGUAAAUGCCAAUUGCAUUCAAAAUAAUGCAGAAAGAUUGUCUGGCUAAGUUUAUGAUAGGUGCUCCUUCUGUGCCUGUCUCUUCCACUCAAUCCUCUGUCUAGAUCUCUAGAUUUUAUGAUUUUUUAUUUACUUUAGAAAUUUAGAUUUGCUGUAAGUAGUGCACUCAUUUCAUUUUGUAACAAUUGUGUUUUUCUCUC